AUUUUAGUUGUUACUUAAAUCAUCUCUUCUCCCACAGUUCCACCAUACUAUUUUCUGUUUUUUUUUCCUUUAUUUUUUUUCCCUUUAUCAGCAGCACUCCCAGGGCGAACUCUUUAACAAUAUACUGACCGUAAAAUUAGCGCUAGGAUUAGAGGAAGAGGCGAAUUGUUUGUGGGGGUAAGGAGGGGGGGAGGGGAUAUGGCGAUAUCGGAUGCGGUGAUUGGGAAUUUGAUGAUGAUCUACUUGGCAGUGAUAGCGGGGAUAAAGGCGUAUGGUUUAGUAUGUGGGCGGAGCUUCGGUGGCGGCUUCGUGCUGAUAGUGUCGAGCACGGUGGUGGGUUUCAUCUUGGUUGGCACGUUGACGUGGGACGUCUCCCGUAAAGCUACGUACGCGAUUUCCCGCGAUUACGCCGCUUCCGUACACGUUCAAGAGAUGUGCAAGGGUGGUAUUUGCUGGCACGGCGUCGCCGUCCGUUCCCCUGCUUCUCAGGUCCGCUUCAGGAUCCCUCCUCAAAUUCCAUACCGUUCUUUGUAAAUAUUCAAUUCAAAUUUUGCCACAAAAAAGAAAAAAAAAAGAUUUUCAGUUUUGAAUCUCUGUAAGAUAAAAAGGGUCAUUUGUAUUUGUUUUUGUCUUCAAUUUUGAUUGAGAGGAAAUAAUUGUUUAUAAAAAAAAAUUGUGUACAAAGUUACAAAAUUGCAAAGGAAAUGGAAGAUGCUUUGUGAAUAA